CUCUAUUCCAUCGCCAUCGGAACAACUGAUUCCCUAUCCGUCAUUUCAUCGAUAUCGAGCUAGUCUCGCUUGGACACGAUGUUCACCAUAUCUGUCUCACACUUUUCUGCCCUUCUCUAGGUUGGAGAUGAUUGAUUUCACCUGCUUGGAGACCGCCUGUGGUUUCAAUCUCGAAAUUAUGCACGCCGGGGCUCGUUGCUGUCAGCAAAAACUGCCACAAGCAAUGAUUGAAGCCGAAGAAAGCUCGAAAUCUAUCUUGGUUGAUACCUGGAGUUAGAGCCAAGGUCCAAAAGCCAAUCUCAACUCGACCUACUGUGCAGCUCCAAGGGCAAAUGCGAUUCGGGAGGCCUUCAAAUCCACUGCAAAGCACACCACCGCGAGACCGAAGUCAACCUCAACCGCGUCUAUCGCUCUGGUAAGCUUUUUGCGGGCCGGAGCAAGCCUGAGCCAAUGGCUGCCGAAGGAACUCGCCGUAUAAGGACGGCUCGUCUCCGGAAACUGCUGCUAAAGCUCGCCUGGACCAUUGCCACCGCAAUCCAAACACUCCCCAACCAGACAGAUCAACUGCGGAACCUCAAAAUCUUACUCAUAUCGCCCUUAUGGACUUCUUUGGAGAAUCCGGAUAUCGAAAAUGUGCUAUCUUUGAAUAUUAGCAUCAGCGGAUGCCUGGAAGAAGUGGCCGAAUCUCUGGAGAUUCUCUUCGGUGGUGACCGGGAGAGCAACCUGAAAACGCAAGACAGCCUUGAGAACUCGUUGCCCAUGCUCCUGGAGCUCGAGAAACGCUGUGACACUACCUUUGGAGGCGAGCUCGUUCGAGAGAAGUUGUCUAUGAGUCCCACUGUCGAGGAUACCAAAUCUUUCUUGAUCAACUGCAUUGGCAAACUCGAAAAAUGGAAUUCCGUCUCGAAAAUCAGUUCAGGGCAUCAUAUUGAUCAUCCCUCUGAUGAUCCCAACCCGGCUACUAUUGUACAUCCCCUCCCGAAAAUCGAGUACGCUGUCUUCGAGGGAAGCAACAGUACACAUCAUUUAACAGACCUACUUCACGACGUUUUGCAUGCCAAUUGGCCCUGCCAAAUCGGAGAUCACAACCAUGCCGGGAGACUCGGAGAAUGCGAAGAAGCCAGGUUCUGCCUUGAUUCGCGAUGGAGCUUCAGCAAGACUAUCGACUACUUCUCAAUUGUCUUGUCAGGUCAAGGUGUUCUGCAAGAAUGCAAGUUUUGCAUUCUCGCAAACAGCUUACGUCCGAAAGGGACCAAGCAAGAAAUGUGCUUAACGGUACACAGCAGUAUGCGCGAUUAUUGUCUCAACCUCGCCAUGACAGAUACUACGGGACUAUGGAUUCGCUGGAAGCAAAGCCCCACUUUGUUUGAAUCUCAUUCGAUCUCCAGAUGUCGAGAGAUGACAUUGCGGGAGCUCCUUGGCACGGUAACCCUGACAAUUUGCGCCAGACGCGUGAUCGGGCUGGUCCUCGCUCGAGCUGCACUCCAUCUUCUUGGGGGGAAAUGGGCCAGCUCACCCCUUUCGCUGGACAAUAUUAUACUUUAUCAUACAAUUGUCGACGGGCGACCACUCUUCUAUUUCGAUAAAAUCUUUGUCUCCACCCGAUUUUCAGAGCCCGGCCCUGGUUCCACCCAGUCGUAUGAUGAUGUUCCCGUUUCACCAUUGUACGGUAUUCAUGACCUCGCUGUGGUACUCGCAAAGAUCGAGUUAGGGGAAAACCUCGCUCGAGUUGAAGAGAAGAUCGGACUCGCAUUGGAAGCGAAUCCCCUUGCUCUGGGCAAGUCUCUGCUUAAGCAAUGUCGGCUCUACUCUUCAUCGCCUCCUUCCACCAUCGAAUUCUGUCUGGAUCCGUCUUCCUUUGACGACUUUGAAGAUUUGGAUCAGGAAGAACUCCUGGUGAACCGAGAUUUCAUCAACGCCUACUACAAGGGCGUUAUACGGCCUCUAGAAGGCUGGCUUAUCAAAUAUGGCUGGACAUGGAAGCAAGUCAAUUGGCACCAACCUUAUGUGAUGGAUCACAACGGCAUUUGUCACUUCGUGCAGCAUGCAAAGUCAGGAGAGCCGUUUGGAAAGACGCAAACACUGAAAAUACGAGAGAACACUAGACCAACCUUAUCUAUCGACCCUGUACGCGAAACGAACAACGAUUUGCAGAUUGAGUGGUCAGGACAACCACCGGGCAGCGUCAUGGACUAUGGCUCCUUAUCUUCUACAGUGACCUAUGAUCGAGCGGACAAUUGGUUUGUCAAUCUGAAGAGAAUGCUCGGCAACAUUUAUCGCGACUCGCUCCUUACCUCGUCCAAAACCGAGGAGUUGAAAUAUCCCAAAGUGGCAAUCAUCGAUACAGGUAUUUACUUAGGGCACCCCGAGCUGCAACCGUUUGUCAAUUCUGGACACAUAGCGGGAUGGCACGAUUUUGUACUAGGCAAUGAGUCAAAUGAGGACCUCGAUGGUCAUGGCACGCACGUUUCCCAUCUCUUGCUCAAGACAGCACCUUACUUACGCUUGUAUCAUGCAAGGGCAUUCCGACAUUCCGAUGCUGACGCAGACACGGCCACGCUGGUCGCGCGGGCAAUCCGUCAUGCCGUGGAUAAGUGGAAUGUGGACAUCAUCUCCAUGUCAUUCGCCUUUGAAGAACUGGAUGUAGGCAUCUUGAAUGCGAUACACCACGCGGUGGACUGCGGGGUCUUGUUGUUCGCCGCCGCAUCCAACAACAGAGCAGAGAGGCGAAACCCCAUCGGAUAUCCUGCGCGGGAGGAGAACGUUAUAUGCGUCAACUCGACCGAUGACCAGGGGAACAAAUCCACCUUCAGUCCAGAAGGGGUAGAGCGGGACUACAACUUCGCCGUCCUAGGAGAAAACCUAGAGGCAGCAUGGCCACCGACACAAAACAAUGGCCAGAACUUGAAGAGAGUCACGGGCACGUCGCAAGCGACUCCUCUGGUCGCGGGGAUCGCGGCAAUCAUUCUUCAUGUCACGAGGAUGAAGCAGUUCGGCAAAUUCGACAUGGAAACUUUGCUCAAGCAGGCUCGGGGCAUGAGAAAGGUAUUGUAUGAAUGCAUGACGAAGAAGCAGGGGGCACCUCGUUACAAUUAUAUCACGCCUGGGGAUCUCUUUAACUCGAAGCUGUCGAGUAUCAGAGUCAAGAUCGAGUCGGCGUUGGAGAAUCUAUAGCCAUGAGCCCUUGGGACGGGUUCUGAGGAUUAGUAUCUUGUUCUUUUUUUAUGAGUUUGAAUGAGCAAGCGGCACCUUGAGCGGCAGAGAUCAAGCUAGAUUCCCCGGUAGACCAUCUUUUGCAGAAUUCUAGC